AAGGAAUCACUCAAGAAUCACUAAUAUUAUCCUCACUUGUCAUCUAGUAGUAGUCAUCAAUGUUUUCUAGUACAUUCAAUUCAAAGAUCACUCUCUUAUAUUCUUUCUAUUUCUAUCUCUUCAGUACUCCUUACUUACUUCAAUCUUCACCUACACCUUAGCUUCACUUUUAAGUUCCAAAAAUGGCUCUAAUGGAAGCUAGUUACGAUUUUGAGGAUCAUUUUCCAUCAAUGAUCGAAAGACUAGGUGCGGAAGCGUUCAUCGGAGAGCUAUGCAAUGGAUUUAUCUUGCUGAUGGAUGUCGAAAUAGGGCUUAUAACGUUCGAGAGCUUGAAGAGGAACUCCUUCUUGUUGGGUUUACAUGACAUGGGUGAUGAUGAAUUUGUGUGCAUGCUUAGAGAAGGAGACCUUGAUGGAGAUGGUGCUCUUAGUCAAAUGGAGUUUUGCAUUCUUAUGUUCAGGUUAAGCCCUGGUCUCAUGGAUGAGUCUAGGCUUUGGAUGAUGAACUAUGGUACCCUUCCUAUUUUGGCUUAGGCCAAGCUACCAAACAAGUUCAAAUUUGUGGUUUGUUAAUAGUCCUCCUUAAACUUAAUUUUUAAGAAUUUGAAUAAGAAUAACAUUGUUAGGCUUUUAUAUUAGCUACUAUUAAUUUCUUCCUAUGUAAUUUAGUUCCAUGCACGCAUAAAUAAAGUUACAAAAGUUGAUUUUCUUGUAUUAUGUUGAAUAAAUAAAGAAAUGCAUAUUAGAUUUUGGUUUCAA